AUGUCCGAUUCACACCAGACCCCCGAGUUGAAGCAUGAGUCUUCAGACGUCGUCGACCUUAGCGCAGACGGUGCUGAAGUCGCUGCCGACGAUGCGCCAGAGAUACAGUCAACAGAUGCUCAAACGUCAGCCAACUCGAAUGGAACGACGUCGGCCAAUGCUUUAGAUGCCUCCAAGACACCGCGGGCUCAAGAUGAUCCAGACGGCGAACAGGAGGAUGCCGAGAUGGGUGGAGUCGACGACGACGCAAAGGUGGAAGAUGUUGAUGCUGAAAAGGAUGGCGCCGAAGAUUCUCAAGAGACUCCAGCCACGACACAAGCCGCAGAUGGUCAGGCAGCACAGGCAAAGUCCAGCCUUGAAGCUGCGGCCAAUUCACAUCUCGUGGCUCAGACACAUCAGAUCAUCCUUCCCAGUUACAGCACAUGGUUUGACAUGCACACGAUUCACGCCUUGGAGAAGAAAUCGCUGCCCGAAUUCUUCAACAGCCGAAACCGCAGCAAAACACCGGCCGUGUACAAAGAUUACCGCGACUUUAUGAUCAACACCUACCGCCUGAACCCCGUCGAGUACCUCACAGUGACUGCAUGUCGAAGAAAUCUGGCUGGCGAUGUCUGCGCGAUAAUGCGAGUGCAUGCCUUUCUCGAACAAUGGGGUCUGAUCAACUACCAAGUUGAUCCACAGACACGCCCUGCGAAUAUCGGUCCUCCGUUUACCGGCCAUUUCAGAGUCACCGCGGACACGCCUCGAGGUUUGCAACCAUUCCAACCCGCCCAAAAUACUUUCACCACCCCUGGAAAACCACAUCCAGCAACUGAGCGGGCAGCUUCGGCGACUCCCGCAACAAAGGCCGACUUGAACCUUGAGCUUCGACGAAACGUCUACGAUGACAAAGGCAAAGAAGUCAAGAAAGCCGAAGACGCAGAGAAACAGACAAAUGGCGAAGGGGCGACUGCCAAUGGCGCCAGUUCCGGAGCUGCGACGACCAAGGCCAUGGACGCGGCCGCACGAGAACCCAUCAAAUCUUUCAACUGCUUCUCAUGUGGAAUCGACUGUACGAGAUGUCGCUUCCACUACGCCAAAUCCGAUCCCGUGGCAGGCGCCGCGAAUCCCAGUGAGCUCAAGUACGACCUAUGCCCGAACUGCUAUUUCCAGUCUCGAAUGCCGUCCAACCAUCGCUCGUCCGAUUUUGUGAAGAUGGAGGAGCCCGCGUACUCCCACAUUCCCGACAAGAGUGCCGCGUGGACUGAUUCUGAAAUUCUCCUGCUCUUGGAAGGUCUGGAGACUUUUGACAAUGACUGGAAUGAGAUUGCCAAACAUGUUGGUACGCGAACCAGGGAAGAAUGUGUACUGAAGUUUUUGCAACUCGACAUUCAGGAUCAGUAUCUCGAAGAUGGGCCGUUGAACGGUUCCUCCACGCUGAAGACCCUGACGGGAAGAAGCGCCAUCAGUCAACUGGACAAUCCGGUGCUGUCGGUCGUCAGCUUCCUUGCGCAGCUGGCGGACCCCGACGUGGUUGCGGCGGCAUCAAACCGCUCUAUUGCCGUUAUGCAGAAGCAGCUGCGGGCCCAGCUUGAGAAGGGCAUGGGAGGAGCCGAGCAGGGCACGAGCGGUGAGACGGAGAAGGCAGAAGUCAAGUCCGAGGAUCAGAUGGAAGUGGACGAGUCCGCUCCUUCGGCCGAGCAGCCAACGACGGAAGCCAACGGGGCCAAAGUCAUCAACGACAUCGCCACGACAGCAUUGGCCACGACUGCUGCACGCGCCAGCGGUCUUGCAUCCCAUGAGGAACGAGAGAUCACGAGAAUGGUCUCGGCCGCCGUCAACCUGACACUUCAGAAGUUCGAGUUGAAGAUGGCACAGUUCGCGGAGAUGGAAGAAAUCGUGCAAGCCGAGCGUCGGGAUCUCGAGAAAGGCCGACAACAACUGUUUCUGGAUCGCCUGGCCUUCAAGAAGAGGAUGAAGGAGAUGGAGAACACGUUCCGUCAAGCCAGCCUGAAGGACCCGCAAGAGGGGAUGCGGAUGAUGCAAGAGGCGGUCACCAGCAACUCGGGCCAGAAGUUUGGCUUCCAGUCGGACGGUGACAGAGGCGAAGGCAUCAUUGUCAACGACCUGGCUGAUUCGGGUGAGGCAAGGACCAUGGAGCUCUAG